CCGCACUCGCACUGCCACUGACUGCACGCGCUCCGACUCCACUGUCCGCUCCCGCGGCCCCUCCCCCUCCUCCGGCGGCCGCGCGCGCGGCUCGAUGCGGCGGCGCCUCGAGCUGGUGGCGCUUUUCGCCGCCGCCGCACUGCUGGCGGCGCGCCCGCCCCAAGCGGCGAUCGCGGCAGAUUGCCCUUUGGAUUUGAGUUGGCCCAACUACGGACUGAUAGCUUCCGUCUGCUCGGAUCAAAAUGGACACUCAAAGUGUUGCCGCUACAUCAAUGCUGUUCUUGCGGUCUCAUCUGCCAUGUAUGCAAACACGACAGGCACACUUGGGGUUCCGGAUGAAUUUUCUGAUGCCUGCAUUGCCAACAUCUCUGAUAAAUUGGUGUCAAAGGGGAUUCUGCCCACUGCCGCAUCGUUCUGUGGCCUUGGGAUCAAAAUUCAAGUGUCCUAUCAAUGUGUUGGGAUGACCACCAUCGUUCAGAUGUUGCAGUCUCCGAAUUUCAGUGAUGUCACAAGAAGCUGUGCAACUACACUUUCAGAUGAUAUCACUUGCAAGAGGUGCUUAAACUCUGGUCUGUCGUACCUCCGCCAUCUCGUGGGGGAACAAGAUAAUGUCACGUUGAAUACCUGCCGUGAUGCUGCUUUUGUUGCAUUUGUGAGUCAAGGGAACAUAUCUACUGUUGAUACGGCCGGUUGCUUUUUUAGCGUUCAGGGGCUUAGUGCUCUUCAAGCAAACAUCUCUGGACCGGCCCCAGAUGGACUUCUUGCGCCAGAUAUAUCUCCCAGUCCACUUACGGUGCAUGUUCCUGUAGUGCCACCCAAGCAUCAUCACAGCUACAAGCUUGUUCUAUUCCCAGCUAUUGGAGCUUUGGUUACUGGAUUAGCCAUUCUACUAGUGAUAAUACUGAUUCUGCUAAUCCGUAGAAAGAAUAAAGAACUCAAAAAGAUAGAAGGAAAUAACCCUUUGGAUGCAUGGAGUUUCUCUGCUGUCAAGAAGAGGCAAGAAGGUAAUUCUACCAUUUUCGGCAGGUUUAGUUACAGAGAAAUGAAGAAAGCGACAAGGAACUUCAGCACAGUGUUAGGAGGUGAAAAUGGUACAGUAUUCAGAGGCCAACUGCCUGAUGGAUCUGUGGUUGCUAUCAGACGCAUUGAUAGUUCGCCGAAACAAAGUCAGCAAGAAUUUUGUAAAGAAAUGGAAUUUCUUGGGCGGUUGCAUCACCGGCAUCUUGUCGGACUAAGAGGCUUUUGUUUAACAAGAUUUGAGAGGUUUCAGGUGCACGAAUACAUGGAAAAUGGAAGCCUUCAAGAUCACCUACAUUCGCCAAGUAAACAUCUUCUACCAUGGAAAAACAGGAUCCAAAUUGCCAUUGAUGUUGCUAAUGCUUUGGAGUACCUUCAUUUCUAUUGUGAUCCUCCACUAUACCAUGGAGACGUUAAGCCUAGCAACGUCUUCUUGGACAAGAAUUACCUUGCGAAGCUUGCUGGUUGCAGUCUCGGGCACCGUUGCCCAACUAGUGGCAAUACAACUCCCAGUUCCACGCCUGUGAAUGUCAAGAUCCAAGCAACUCCUGGGUACGUAGACCCCGAGUACGCGGUGACCCAGGAGGUGACCCCGAAGAGCGACGUGUACGGCUACGGCGUGCUGCUGCUGGAGCUGGUGACGGGGAAGCCCGUGGUCCAGGGCGAACGGAGCCUCGUGGAGUGGUCCCGCGAGCUGAUCGGCACGGACUGCCGGCUCCACGAGCUGGUGGAUCCGGCGGUGGCGGGCGCGUUCGACCUGGACGAGCUGCAGGUGGUGGCGGACGUGAUCCACUGGUGCACGCACCGCGACGGCGCGGCGCGGCCGUCCAUGAAGCAGGUGCUCCGCAUCCUGCACGAGCGGCUGGACCCGCUCUCCGGGCGGUUCGCGCGCGCCGUGGAGGGCGAGGAGGGGUACUACUACUACGCCGGCGGCGGCGGCGGGCGGGCCAAGGGGAAGCGAGCCGGCGGCGGCGGUGGCGAGGCGGCGAUCCAGUUCAGCGGCGAGGCGGCGCGGUCGUGGCUGCCGUCGUCGAGCAGCACGUCCCGGUCGCACUGCAGCCGCAGCGUGCUGCUGGAGUGCAGCUCGCCCGAGCAGCAGCUGUCCCCGCCGCCGGCCUACGGCAACGGCGCUUUCCCGGCCUGACACCGGCCCGUGCGGUGCAGUCCGUUCUUUUUGGGUCCGUGGUGGAGCUAGCGGCGGCGGCUAGUGCUGCUUGCAGCUUGCUCCGUUGCGUCGACGGAUUCUGCAGUCCUGGCUGGCUGAUGCGGUGACGCCAGGGCCUGCCAUUUUUCGAGGAGACUAUUCAUGGUACGGAGAGGAGUAUGGUUCCGGGUGGCUCGUGAUGACUGAUGGCCGGGCCGUGCCGACGCGCACGCGCUGACGCCGGGCAGGAUCCUGCCUGCGAGAUCGGGAGGGCCAGUGCCCAGGCGGCCAUGGGAGCCUGACCUGUGACCUCUGCGCAGGAGUGAUGGGGGUGGAAAGCGAGGCGCCACGCGUGAGAGCGACUGACUGGUGUCUGACUGUCGUUCGGUUCCCUAGGUGCUGGGUGGUUGCUUGCCAUUGAUCGCUGCAUUGUUGUGCGUGUGGAACAUGGCUACGCAUUCAAGUCG